AUUUUUAUUUUGAAUUGGAAGACUAUCACAGAUAACUUCUCUACUCUGUCUUUUUCAUUGUUGCUCUGCAAAAAUACAUCGAAUAUAUUGUUAUCAAAUUAGUUUUAUUAUAAACAAAAAUAAAUAAAUAAAUUUAGUUUGAGAUUAUUUUUGCAUUUUUGUUUUAAAAAAUAAGAUUCCAAGUCCCAAUUGAACGCUUUUCUUUUUCCCUCAAAAAAAUAUCUCAUUGUUCCAAUCAAUUUGAGAUUUAUAUAUAGAACUUUUUUCGCUCGCGAUAUUUGUUCUCUUUUACUUCUCGCGUUAAUUUCUCGGCGGCGGCGGCAACUGAUCGGAGAAAUUGUAGUGUUUUAGCAAAGCUAAAGCUAUUAACGAAUCGAUGGCGCCACCGGCGAAUGGAGGUGGCGGCGGAGGAGCUGUACAGGAGCAGCCGGCGGCGGCGGCAGGGCAGCCGCAGCAACAGCGGCAGCAAGGAGGAAUUGGACAGAUGUUGACAGGAGUAAUAAGAAUAGCUGUUUUCUGGUAUUUUGCUUCCAAGUUUUUUUCGCCGAAUAAGCCUAUCUCCUCCGAUCCGUCUGUUCCUAAUUUCCAGAUCUCGAAUCUCUUCCACAAAGGCGAACCUUUGGACAUGUGGUUCUAUCUUUCCGAACAAGAAAAGUUCAACGACUUUGGCAAUGAAGGUGCACUUAUUUGGCAUGAGACAAAUAUACCAUAUGCUGUUUGGGGACCAGAGAGUACCAGAACCCUUUCAUUGAAGUAUCAGCCCUCUGUGGCAGUGAAGAACAAUGGGAGUCUUUAUGCUCAUGUUUUCUUUGCACGUUCUGGGUAUUCUCCUGAUCCAAAUGAUCCUGAGUAUCAACCAUUGACUGCUUUUGGACGGACAUAUCCUAUUGUGACGUAUCUACCCAAAUCUAAAGCAGACAAGAAGAAGAGCCUUUUAAGAAAUUCUGAGGACUCGAAGGAGGAUGUCACCAUUUCUGAGGCAGUUCAAGAAGCUCAAGAUGAUCUUAAGGAGGAUGGUCCUCCUGAAUGGAUUUCAUAUUGGAAACCUAAUGUUACAAUCAACUUGGUUGAUGAUUUCACAAGAUACACUGCAAAUGCCAUUCCACCUAUUGUUGCUCCUUACAUGAAUAUUGAAUCUACAACAGGAAACUACUAUCCGACUGUUUUCUUCAAUGAGUUCUGGCUACUUAGGGAUAAAUUAAUAGCUAUGAAUGAUACAGUAACUGAGGUGCCUCUGCAUCUAGAGGUGGGUCCCAUAAGCAUGACAAAAUGGCAGCUAUUCCUGCAGAUGGACCAGUCCUUCCAGAUUCAUCGUAGUUAUGGUAGCAUGCUCGAUGGGGAGUCUGAUGAACUAAAGAGAGUUUUCUUGGAAGGAAAUCCGUACCUUUUGGGGCUGACCAUGAUUGUCUCAGUAAUGCAUUCACUAUUUGACUUCCUGGCAUUCAAGAAUGAUAUUCAAUUUUGGAAUAAAAACAAGUCCAUGGAAGGGCUGUCUGCAAAAUCAGUGGUUGUGAACUUCUUUUGCCAGCUGAUUGUUUUCCUGUAUCUUCUUGAUAAUGAUACUUCAUGGAUGAUACUUGCAAGUUCCGGUGUUGGUUGUUGUAUUGAGUUCUGGAAAAUAGGGAAGGCAAUGCACAUUGAGAUUGACAGAUCUGGUAGAAUACCUAUGUUGAGGUUCCGAGAUCGGGAAUCAUAUGCUGGAAAUAAGACGAAAGAAUAUGAUGAUCUUGCCAUGAAGUAUUUGUCCUAUGUGUUGUUCUUCCUUGCCGUGUGCUUUGCAAUAUACUCUCUAAUGUAUGACCGCCACAAGAGUUGGUAUUCGUGGAUCCUCUCAUCCCUGACAAGCUGCGUCUAUAUGUUUGGAUUUGUUAUGAUGUGUCCACAGUUGUUCAUCAAUUAUAAGCUGAAGUCCGUUGCUCAUUUACCUUGGAGGCAGAUGACUUACAAAUUUCUAAAUACCAUCAUUGAUGAUUUGUUUGCAUUUGUGAUAAAAAUGCCAAUGCUACAUCGCCUGUCUGUGUUCCGUGAUGAUGUUAUAUUUUUAAUAUACCUAUAUCAGAGAUGGGUUUAUCCAGUAGACAAGAAACGGGUGAAUGAGUUCGGUUUUGCUGCAGAAGAUGUGGAUCAAGCUGCCAGUAGUUCAGAUACUCCAGCAGAGAAAGAAGACGAGAAGAAGACUAACUAAGCUGAAUUUUCCGUUAUGUUUUUAGGACCCGUUUGGCCAUGAAAAACCAAAAACAUAUUCACUUUAUUUGAUAUUUUUGAAGUUGAAAAUAGAGUUAAUAGUUGUGUUGGCCA